AUGGGGGCUGCAGUUAGAGGGGGCUCUCUGCAGGAGUCUGGGGGCGAGCGGGAGCUCUUCCGGGCCCCGGGGCGCCGGCUCCCGGGGAGGGGGCGGAAGGAGCGCGCGCUCCAGGGCCCGGGCGGGCGGUGCACGGGGCGGCCGGCGCCUCACGCGGUCCGCCUGUGCAAUGGGCGCGGGGGCGCGGGGACGCCGGGCCGGGGAAGGGUUUGCAAACCGGGAAGCGCCGGCGUCGGCGGCCCCGGGCCGGGGCGGGGCGGGGCCGGGAGGCGGAGCUCGGCCUGCGGCCCCUCGGAGCCCCGACUCGCAGUGGCCGCGGCGGCCGGGGAGGCAGCGGCGGCGGCGGCGGCGGCGCGGCGGCGACAGGUACGUGCCCCCAUAGGAGGGAAUAUCCUGACCACCCAGACAGAGUCCAUUCGUUCAGCAAACACUGCCGUGGCCAUGGCCUCCGAGGAUGACUUUCAUCACAGUUCAAACUCCACCUACAGAACGGCAAGCAGCUCCCUCCGCGCUGACCAGGAAACACUGCUUGAGAAGCUGCUCGACCACCCCCCGCCCGGCCUGCAGAGGCCCGAGGACCGCUUCCACGGGACCUACAUCAUCUUCUUCAGCUUGGGCAUUGGCGGCCUACUGCCAUGGAACUUCUUUAUCACUGCCAAGGAGUACUGGGUAUUCAAACUCCGCAACUGCUCCAACCCAGCCUCGGGGGAGGAAUCCGUGGGUUCGGACAUCCUGAACUACUUUGAGAGCUACCUGACCAUCGCCUCCACCGUCUCCUCUGUGCUGUGCCUCAUGGCGAACUUCCUGCUUGUCAACAGGGUUCCGAUUCGUGUCCGUGUGCUGGCCUCACUAACUGUCAUGCUGGCCAUCUUCUUGGUGAUGACCGUGCUAGUGAAGGUGGACACCUCUUCCUGGACCUCUGGCUUCUUUGCUGUCACCAUUAUCUGCAUGGCGAUCCUCAGCGGCACCUCCACCAUCUUCAAUAGCAGUGUCUUCGGCAUGACCGGCUCCUUCCCCAUGAGGAAUUCCCAGGCACUGAUAUCAGGAGGAGCCAUGGGGGGCACGAUCAGUGCCGUGGCCCUGCUGGUGGACCUGGCGGCGUCCAGCGAUGUGACGGACAGCACCCUGGCCUUCUUCCUGACGGCGGACGUCUUCCUGGGGCUCUGCAUCGGCCUCUACCUGCUGCUACCGCGGCUGGAGUACGCCAGGUUCUACCUGAGGCCUGCUUGGCCAGCCCACGUGUUUUCUGGGGAAGACCAGGCACCCCAGGACUCCCCCAGCGCCCCUUUGGCAGCCCCUGGGCCCCGCGACCCCUCCAUACCACCCCUCCGCCCCAUCCUGAAGAGGACAGCUGGCCUGGGCUUCUGUGUCGUCUACCUGUUCUUCAUCACCAGCCUUGUCUUCCCUGCCAUCUCCACCAACAUCGAGUCCCUCGACAAGGGCUCGGGCUCGCCGUGGACCACCAAGUUCUUCGUCCCCCUCACCACCUUCCUCCUGUUUAACUUCGCCGACCUGUGUGGCCGGCAGGUCACAGCCUGGAUUCAGGUGCCGGGGCCCAGGAGCAAGGUGCUCCCCGGGCUUGUGCUCCUCCGGACCUGUCUCCUCCCCCUCUUCAUGUUCUGCAACUACCAGCCCCGCGUCCACCUGCGCACGGUGCUCUUCCGGUCUGACCUCUACCCGGUGCUCUUCACCUCCCUGCUGGGACUCAGCAACGGCUACCUCAGCACCCUGGCUCUCGUGUACGGGCCGAAGAUCGUGCCCCGCGAGCUGGCCGAGGCCACGGGGGUGGUGAUGUCCUUCUACCUGUGCUUGGGCCUGGUCCUGGGCUCGGCCUGCUCUGCCCUGCUCGUGCACCUCAUCUAGAAGUGGGGGUGAUGGCAAGAACUUCGGUGCCGUGCGACAGACACUUGGGAGCCCUGGUGAGAUGGGGAGCCAGCGCCGGGAGGGCUGGGGCAGCGUGCAGAAGGGAGCUGCAGCUGGGCCGGGUACAGAGCCAAGCUCACCCGGGCCUCCCCUCUCCCCGGGGAGCAGGCAGCUGUGCCGAGCACACAUUCCACUUUCAAGAGCUCUCCUGAGACCUUUGAAGGAGACCAAAAGACAUCUGAAUGGGGCACAGUGACCACAGUUACUCAGUGGACAGUGGGCGUGCCUAUCACUUUUCUAGCUGCUGGUUACAUUC